AUGGCACCUAGAAACAGUACCGGUGCAUUGGCACCUACGCCUCUCCUGAGCGAUGACUUGCACAGCGGUAUUCCGAAGCGCAUGGAGGAGGACGCGAGGGUUGCAAAGGAGCGAUUGUAUUCGAACAAGACGAUGCCUGAGAGUAUUCCUCGCCAGCGCGAAGUCCCGAGAUUACCCCCGAACACAUCGAGAGAGGAGUUCAAUCAGGCCAUGACUGAACUUCGGCAACAGCUUGGGGCUGCGAACGUGGAGAUUAAUGAUAAACCAUUGGUCGAUGGGUGGUAUAUGGAGCAUCCAAACACGCAUGAUGCCUUCCAUAUCGCUCAACAAGAGGAGAUGGUAUGCAGCGCAGUCGUGUAUCCAUCCACAACAGAGGAAGUCCAGGCUGUGGUACGUUGGGCAAACAAGCAUGUUAUUCCCAUCUAUCCAAUCUCAAUGGGCAGGAAUAUCGGGUAUGGAGGCGCAGCACCGCGAGUCCCUGGGUCUGUCGUGGUUGAUCUUGGGAAACGGAUGAACAAGAUUCUUAAUAUCGACGGGGGCAACGCAUCGUGCAUGGUCGAGCCGGGGGUUUCGUACUAUAAACUCUAUGAAGAAGUGCAGAAGACCGGGUAUCCUCUAUGGAUUGACUGUCCAGACCUCGGGGGAGGGAGUGUCAUGGGCAAUGCAUUGGAUCGGGGAGUCGGAUACACGCCAUAUGGAGACCACUUCUCCCAGCACUGCGGAAUGGAGAUCGUGCUACCCACCGGAGAACUGCUACGAACAGGCAUGGGCGCACUCCCCGGUAAAGACGGCGCAGACAAUCCCACCUGGGGCUCAUUCCAACCCGCAUACGGGCCCUACUCGGAUGGAAUAUUCAGCCAGAGCAACUUCGGCAUCGUCACCAAGAUGGGCUUCUGGCUGAUGCCCGCCACAAACAGCUUCUCGUACAUGGUCACCUUCCCACACGACGACGACUUCGAGCAGAUCAUCGAAGUGAUCCGUCCACUGGCCCAGAGAGGCGUAUUCGGAAAUAUACCCCAGCUGCGCCACGUUAUCCAAGAACUAGCAGUCACAGGGAAACCCAAGAGCGCGUGGUACAACGGGCCCGGAAGAGUCCCCCGAGACAUCCUCGCAGACAGGGCAAGAACGCAACCAUGCGGCGACGUGUCGUGGGUAUUCUACGGCACGCAAUACGGCAGCGAAGACGCCAUAAAAUCCCAAAUGGAUAUAAUCCGUGUAGCGUUCGGAACAGUCGCUGGAAGUAAAUUCCUAUACACCAAAGACCUCCCAGAAUCGCACUACCUGCACUCCCGCGCAAAAGUGUGCGAGGGCAUCCCCGUCCUCCGCGAAGUCGACUGGCUAAACUGGGUCCCAAACGCAGCGCACCUAUUCUUCUCGCCUAUUGUGCCGACAAGGGGCAAAGACGCGCGGAUCGUGCAUGGCAUCAUCGACGGGCUGCAUAGGAAAUGGGGCUUCGAUAAUUUUCCCACGCUUGCGAUUGCGGGUCGGGAAAGUCACUAUAUCGCCAAUAUAGUGUACGACCGCGGGGAUCUCGACCAGAAGCGACGCGCGACGGGGCUGAUGCGCGAGCUUAUUGAGACGUGCGCUAAAGAGGGAUAUGGCGAGUAUCGGACGCAUUUGCUGUUUGCGGACCAGGUGGCGGCUACGUAUGGCUGGAAUAAUCAGGCCUUGAGGAGGUUCAAUGAGACGAUUAAGGAUGCACUGGAUCCGAAGGGGAUUCUGGCGCCUGGCAGGAAUGGCAUCUGGCCCAGGGCUUAUAGGGGGAUGGGCUGGGAGAUUACGCCGGAGAGAGAUAUCCAGGGGGAUAUCGUGCCCAAGGCCAAACUUUGA